AGAACAGCUCCUCUCUCUAAUAAGCACAGUGCUACUGAGGGCCACGCCCGUGACUCCAACAGUAACUGGUGAGAAAGUGACUGAGUCUUAAAAUAUCAGUUUUCAUCAGCAGUUUGUUAACAUCCAUUUUGCCACGUCUUUUCAGUCCUGGGAAAGGGAUCCUUCCUUCAUUAUUAUUUGUGUACUUUACACUUCACCCAGUCCUUUUGCACAUACUGCUGCUGAUGUUUUAGUAUAUUGUAAUAAUUUGUUUUUAAUGUAUUAUUAUCUGUCAUUUUAUAGAGAGAACUCGCCCAAAUGUGUUUGGCUUAGAAAAAAGGACUUCCUUUUGGUCAAGUAAAGUUUACAUUCAAAAAGUCUGUGCUCUUCAUCAAUGAAUCUAUACUUGAUCUAAAGACAUUCUUGAGUCUGAGUCUCAAACAAAGAAAACAAUGAGUAUUUUCACAAACUCACACAAGGAUAUCUUUGGUGGCAUUCUUUCCUUUCUCUUCUUUUCUUCUUAUCUUAUUUAUAUUCAUAAUGUUCUUUUUAAUCAUAUUCCUAUUCUCCCUUUUAGAUUUUUUUAUAUUGGUACUCACAUCCACCAUUUGUGUCAAUCUCUUAGUAAAAUUAUUUUCUAUCGAGAAAAGAACAAUUUUAAUAUUAUUUAAAUUUCUCGUCACAUUAUCAAGAAGCCUGUACUUCCACAUUUAAGCAGUUCUUUGAAAUGACCAUCCAAAAUUCUUUUCAUUUCUAUUUGCUAAUUUUGUUUUUAAUUGAUGCACAAUGGGAUAUAGACAAGAUAAAUAAUGUUUCCUUGCACUGAUAAUAGGGACUGAAGUCCAGAAAAGUAACAACACAAAGUUCUUCCCCUAUUCAAAUUAAAGGAACAUUAUAAUGUUUACAAGUGUUAAUUUAUACGAGAAAAAUAUUGUGUUUUUUUUGUCAUGGAUUAGAAAGUUUUCAUUCAGCAGAAAUUUUCCCUUGUCAUGGUAAAUGAAAAAUAUACAACAGCAGAAAAUAGCAAGUAUAAUGCUGAUACAAUACAAUAAAAAUAAAGUAAAGCAUUUAAGAUCUGGGACCUCCAUAUACUUUUGGAGCCAGUUUAGACUAUGGAGAUGGUUGUUGUUUACGAAGAAUUAGCUCUAGCUCAUAGAUACAGAAGAUGGAAUACCUGAUAUAAUAGAUCUUGCAUUAACAUAAGAUCAUUCUUAAUGCACACAAGCAGCUAUUGCAAAGUAGGUAAAAUGUAAGUUUUGUAUUGAUGUUAUCAUCAGUUCCUGCUAAGAUCACAGCAGCAGCAUAUUGUACUUGCUGAGUCCUUCAGCUUAUAACUACAGCACUUACAUUUUGAGUGGGUUCACAAGUUUUAGAAUUUGUUAGUGUGAGAAAAUUGAUCUGGCUACCUGCUGGCUGGCUCAGACUUCUCUGUGUAAAUGAUUUAUAGUAUACAGUGACAAAAAUUGAAGUUGUGAGAUGUAGGCUGGAUGUGACAAGCUUAUUCUGCCAUCCGUUACAUUCUCUAUGUCUCAUUGCUAUUUUCAACUAAUUUAACUUUCAUUCAUUUUUAUCCAAAUUUCAUGCCGUAAGAAGACAUUCUUUCCCACAGUCUACAAGGUCCUCAUUUAAUGAGGAAGAGAAAGAGAAAGAGAAAAAGUUUGGAGAAAAUAUAAAUGGCCUCCUGAAUAUGCAUCAGAUUACCACAAAUUGUUUGGGAACAAAUUAUGGGCUAAACUUUUCACUAUGUUAACAAGUCAAGAAGGAGUCCAACAAUCUGUUAAGAGGCUAUCAAACAUGGGUGUAUAAUUGCUGCUGUAAUAUUCUAUCAACCUUUUCUUCCAUAUUUUGAUCAUUUCUCAAUUAGGUUAUAACAAUAUUACCUUUUCUGUCUUUCAGCUGCGAUGCAAGGCCCCCGGAAGGAUGUUGUUUUCCUUGUUGAUGGAUCUGAUGGUGUUGGACGGGAAUUUCCUAUCAUCCAGGACUUUAUCCGCAAGGUUGUAGAGAGUCUCAAUGUGGGCGAGAAUAAGAUACAGAUUGGUGUCGUCCAGUAUGGUGACUUUGCUCAAGCUGACAUGUUUCUGAACACACAUACAACUAAAGAAGGUGUUUUGCAAGCCGUCAGGGGAAUGAGGCAGCGAGGAGGAAGACAACGUAACCUGGGUCAGGCCUUGCAGUUCGUCAGUCAGGAUGUUCUGACAGCGACACGCGGUAGCAGGAAGCAAGAGGGUGUACCGCAGUUUGUAAUUGUCGUCUCCAGUGGAUCUUCAACAGAUGACAUCAGUAGUGCAGCAUCUUCCCUCAAACAAUCUAGAGUUCUUCCCUUCAGCAUCGGGACCAGGGAUGUUAACCCUAGAGAGCUUCAGGUGGUGUCAUACGUGCCUAACUUUGCCUUCACUAUCGAUGACCUUCCUGGCCUGUACACAGUCCAAGAAAACUUAAUCACCACUCUCACCGAGCUGUCAGAUGAUGACAUCACCAGGAUGCGUCCAGUAUUCCCAACCAUUGAUGUAAUCACAGCAGCACCCACAGGAGGAGAAAAGAGGGACGUUGUAUUUCUGAUAGAUGGCACCACAGCGGUGCGUAGUGAGUUCCCUUCCAUCCGUGAAAUGAUAAGAAGAGUUGUGGAGAAGCUGGAUGUAGGAUUGGAUAAGGUCCGAAUUUCAGUGGUACAGUACAGUGAUGCACCGAAGCUAGAAUUUCUUCUGAAUGAAUUCUCCACCAAAGAUGAGGUACGCCAGGCUGUGACGAAACUUCGAAGCAAAGGUGGGGACCGUCUAAACACAGGUCGUGCUCUUGAGUGGGUCUAUAGAAACAUCUACCAGAGGUCAGCGGGAAGCCGCAUUGAGGAUGGUGUGCCCCAGUUCCUCAUUCUAGUUACAGGUGGCAAGUCUACAGAUGAUGUAUCCGCUGCAGCUGAACAACUUAAGAGAAACCAGGUUGCACCUCUUGCCAUUGGUUCAAGAAAUGCCGACCCUGAUGAACUGAGACAGAUUUCCCUGAAGCCUGAACUGGUAUAUACAGUUGACAGUUUCCAGCAGCUUCCAAGAGUGGAGUCGCAGCUCAUUGAUUCAGUCCAAACAAUAUCCACCGAUGACAUCAUUAGGAGUUAUGUUCGUCCGUCAGUGGACUUAGACAAUUUAAAUCUUGGGAGAAAGGACAUCAUUUUCCUUAUUGAUGGCUCAGACACUACAGGUUCUGAAGGCAUUGUGCAUAUCCGUGACUUCAUCCUCAACAUUGUCCAACAACUCGACGUGCAGCCUGAUCAAGUGCGUGUUGGGAUUGUCCAGUAUGCAGAUAGAGUUAAAACAGAGUUCUCACUCAACACUCACAACAACAAGCCAGCUGUUGUCUCUGCCACCAAAAGACUUCGUCAGAUUGGUGGCCGGUCUUCAAAUCUGGCUGAUGCCAUUGAGUAUGUUAUACAGAGGGAGUUAAAACCUGCUGCAGGAGUUCGUCAAGAGGCCUCCCAGCAUCUUGUGGUUCUCACAGGUGGACGUUCCCCCCAAGAUGUUUCCAUCUAUGGACCUCUGCUUAAGGGUGCCCGAGUCAACUGCAUUGGUGUUGGAGCUGGUAAUGCCGACACAAGGCAGCUAACCCAAAUAGCCACCACCUCAGCUGAUGUCUUCCAGGUUGCUGACUUCCCUGGCUUGCCAGCAAUCAAGCCAGGGGUUAUUGACAGGUUGAGUGGGACCAUUACAGAGGAACCACCCACAGCAUCCGGCCUGCCUCCACCCAAAAAAGCUGAUAUAGUGUUUUUGGUAGAUGGCUCCAUUAACUUAGGCAGGGAACACUUCAAUGAAGUGAUGUUGUUUAUUAACAACCUAAUUGAUCUGUUCUUCAACGAGAGAGACAACCUGCGGAUCGGCCUGGCACAUUAUGCCACAGAUGUGACUGAUGUCUUCUAUCUCAAUACAUACCAGAACAGGCAGGACAUUUUAAGUGCCAUUGUCCGAGCAGAGUACAAAGGUGGACGUAGAAUCAACACUGGUGCAGCCAUUCGCCACGUUCAAGAUGUUCACUUUACCAAAGAAAAAGGCAGCAGGACGGAUGAGGGCACUCCUCAGAUCCUAAUGGUUCUCACUGGAGGACGCUCAGCUGAUGAUGGCAAAUCAGCAGCCCUUGGUCUGAAGAAAAAAGGUGUAAGAGUAUUUGCUGUAGGAGUGGGCGACAUUGAGAAUGAGUUAGAAGACUUAGCAAGUGAGUCUUCCACUGUGGCUAGAGCACGCACCUUUCUGGAACUCUCAGAGCUCAAUGAGCAAAUCCUGGAGACUUUGGAUGAUGAAGUGAAAGGGAGUCUGUGUGUUGGUGUGCAGGAACCUUCUAAAACCUGCAGCAUAGAGGUGUUGGUGGGCUUUGAUGUUUCUGCCCAGGACAUCUUCAGUGCUCAGACCAACCUCCGGAUGAAGGUUGAUGCCAUUCUGAAAAGAAUUUCCAAAAUGGCAGCUAUCAGUUGCUCAUCUGGGCAGAUUCCCUCUGUGCAAGUGGGCAUGCUGGCCCUAGACUCAGCCUCUGAGCCCAUCCAGCUGGACUUCACAGACAAGGCUGAUACGCUCUUUGAGGAGUUCAAAGCCCUACAGAGUCGUGGCCCCUUUGUCCUCAAUGGCAAGACCAUCUCAGCUUACACCAAUAGGUUCAAAACCAGACAGGACGACGUUGUCAAGGUUAUCGUUCAUCUUACUGAUGGUAUUGACAGCCCAUUCGAUGAAUUGAAAAAGCGAGUUGACGAGCUUCAUUUGUCAGGAGUGAACAGUUUCAUCCUGGUCGGGCUGGAGCGGGUGCCCAACUUUGAGGAAGCUUUGCUGCUGGAAUUUGGUCGGGGAUUCAGGUACACCAGACCUUUACGACUCAAUAUCAUGGACUUGGACUAUGAGCUAAUGGAAGAACUGGACAAUAUUGCAGAGAGGGAGUGCUGUGCAGUGCCAUGCAAAUGCAGUGGCACCAGAGGAGACCGAGGAGCAGUUGGACUCUCAGCAACUAAGGGUGCUCCAGGAUCUCCAGGAAGCCAAGGACAUCCUGGAGAUGAGGGUGGACCUGGAGAGAGAGGUCCUCCUGGUGUGAAUGGAACUCAGGGUUUCCAGGGAUGUCCUGGACAAAGAGGUGUAAAGGGUUCUCGUGGGUACUCAGGAGAAAAGGGAGACUUUGGAGAAAUUGGGCUUGAUGGAAUCAAUGGAGAAGACGGUAAAAGUGGAGUGGCUGGACCCUCGGGAGAGAGCGGAAACCCUGGCUGGAGAGGUCCCAAAGGUACCAAAGGACAAGGAGGAGACAGAGGAGAAAUGGGAAUCAGAGGAGACCCUGGUACAAGUGGAAAAGAUAACGACCGCGAAGGACCUAAAGGAGACCCCGGUGAUGCUGGUCCAGCGGGAGAGUCUGGUGAGGAUGGACAGAAGGGAGGCCCCGGUGAACUCGGAAGAGGGGGAGCUGGUGGCAGAAGAGGCCCGCCUGGAAAGGCUGGUAAUCCCGGAAAGCCAGGAGCUGAUGGUGUUCAGGGAGAAGCUGGUAUAGGAGGAUCAAGAGGUCCACAGGGACCAAACGGUGCACCAGGACCCAGAGGAGAAGAUGGAAACCCUGGACCCAGAGGUCCCGGAGGUAGUCCAGGUCUCGGUGGAGAUAAGGGUAGAAGAGGAGCUCUUAGUCGCAAGGGUGAACCAGGAGAGCCAGGACCCAAGGGUGUUAUUGGACCUCUUGGUCCCCGUGGAGAGUCUGGUGAAGAUGGUAGAGAUGGGUUUGGCAUCGGAGGGCCUCCAGGAAGAAAGGGUGAUGUGGGCUUCCCAGGAUUCCAAGGACCAAAGGGAGCAGGUGGCGACUCCGGCACCAAGGGCGGACCUGGACGCAGAGGGAAUCCUGGACAGAGGGGUGUCUCAGGGAAUAUUGGCACACCCGGACAGAAUGGAGAGUUUGGAUAUCCUGGGCCAUAUGGUCAGAAAGGACCGAGAGGACCAGGAGUUGUGCAAUGUGACCUCGUUAAGAAGAUCAGAGAAAACUGUCCUUGCUGUUAUGGUCAGCAGGAAUGCCCGCUCUACCCCACUGAGCUGGCCUUUGCCCUGGAUGCCUCUGAAGGUGUCGGUCGCCCGGCCUUCAACAAUAUGCGUGACACAGUGCUGCGCCUAGUCCGAGACAUCACCAUCUCCGAGAGUAACUGUCCAAGAGGAGCCCGUGUUGCUUUAACCCUGUACAACAACGAAGUGACCACUGAAGUUCGGUUCGCUGAUGCAAUGAAGAAACGUGCCCUGCUGCAGCGCAUCGAGGGCCUGCAGACCCUGCAAACCCGCAAGCAGCGCAGCUUGGAGACGGCCAUGAGCUUUGUGGCCCAGAACACCUUUAAGAGAGUGCGCAGCGGCUUUCUCAUGAGGAAGGUGGCCAUCUUCCUUGUCGGCGGAACAGUCGGUCAGGCACGAGCAGUUACCAAUGCAGCUCUUCGCCUCCAUGACGCUGGAAUCGCCACUCUGUUCCUGGUCCCUCGCGAGGACAGAGCUCUCAGCAGAGCACUGCAGGUCAACAACACAGCACUGGCUCAAGUGAUUGUCCUUCCCAACGCUGGAAGUGCACAGUACAACUCAGUCAUUCAGAAGGUGAUGAACUGCCAUGUCUGCCUAGACAUCUGCUCUCCGGACCGAAUGUGUGACUAUGUUCCCCCAUUGGCCAGUCGAGAUCGGAGGUCUUCCACCACAGACGUGGACAUCGACAUGGCUUUCGUCAUCGACAGCUCUGAGUCUACCUACCCAACAGUCUUUACCGAGAUUAAGCGUUACAUCGCGCACAUAGUGGAGCAUCUCCAAGUGUCGUCAAAUCCCACAUCAUCCGUUAACCACGCCAGGGUGUCCGUGAUCCAGCAAGCACCUUACGGGUUCAUCCACAACAAAACUGGCUCCCCCAUCCAUGUGGAUAUUGGUUUGACCGAGCACCACUCAGCUCAGGACUUUGUCAAAUUUCUGCUGGAGAAGACACCGCAGUUAGAGGGUGGCCGGGCACUGGCAGCGGCUAUCGAAUCGACAGUGGAGCAGGUGUUUGAGAAGGCGCCUCUCCACCGUGACAGGAAAGUGCUGAUGCUCUUUGUGACAGGGAGUGUGGAAAAAGAAGAGGAGCAGCUGGUGCAUGUUGCCACUGAGAUCAAGUGCAGAGGCUACUUCCUGGUCAUCGUGGGUGUGGGUCAGAAAUUGAGUGCUGGAGACGCCCGUGUCUUGUCACGCAUGGCCAGUGAGCCGUCAGAUGUCUUCUUCAAGCGGCUGGACAGCGUCUCACACUUUUACGACAAACACAUCCAGACCUUCGGCCAGCUUUUGCCAAAGUAUAUCAGCAUUGAAAAUGCUUUCUACAUGUCUCCUGAAGUCUCCAAAAACUGCAAGUGGUUCCAGAGUGACCAACCACUUAAAAACCCCUUUACAUCAUCACAACAACAGGAGAAACAUCAGAAACAUCAUGAAAACCACCAAGCAGUUCAUCAAAGAAAGCACAAAGAUGCAGAUGAGCUGCACGUCUCUAACGUCACAUCCAGCAGCUUGCAAUUGCGUUGGACCAGCCCAGACCUCAAGCUCUUCGUCUACUUUGAGGUUGUGGUGACGCGGUUGCAUGACCACGCUCUGGUGCUGAAGACCAACGUGUCGGGCACAGAGCUUUCCGUGGACAACUUAGAGAGUGCCCAAACAUACCAUGCUGUGGUCACCGCCCACACUGCAGAGGGUCAAACUGUCUCCACCCGCAAAGGCAUCAUGACUACCAAAGCAGCAGAUCACAAGCCAGAGCAUAAGCCAGCCAACCACAGCCCCAGGACUGUAAAUACCAAACCGCUGGACAAACCACAAACUGUCAAUGAAUUUGCAGACCCAUGCUCACUUGACUAUGACCCUGGAAUGCCGUGCAAAGACUAUCAGGCUAAGUGGUUCUUUGACAGAAUGAACGAGAUCUGUACCCGGUUCUGGUAUGGAGGUUGUGGAGGCAAUGACAAUAGGUUCGACACUGAGGCCCUCUGCUUGAAAAACUGCACGAGGUCAGUGCCAGAGCCUCAGCCAAAGGUGCAGCAGGUUGAACAGGUGGAGAUCCUCCCGGCUCCUGCGGACUCUACAGCCGUGGACAUUUGCCAGCUUCCCAAAGAGGAAGGUACUUGUGCCAAAUUUGUCCUCAAGUGGCACUUCGAUGCCUCCAGCAAGAGCUGCACGCGCUUCUGGUAUGGAGGCUGCGGUGGGAACCAGAACCGCUUUGACACGCAUCAGCAGUGUGUUAAGGCUUGCGGAAAACCAGCACCCCUCAACCAAGGAGUCAUCGCUGCAAUAAGAACAUAGGACAAAGCAUGGCCGGCUAGCCCCUCUGUUUAGGGGAUUCUGAGGAGAAUCAUCCAAAAUGGCCAUACUGUAAGGAUGUAAUACCAAAGCAAUGGUGGCUGCACUGGAUUCCACAAAAAAUGGACUUUAUCCCCCAAAUUCUUGAAGUAGUCCUUUUUUACAACAAGAAGGAAGGCAACACGAUUUGCUGCAUGAUUAGUUUAAACCUUCUGGUGCUACAGAGUAUGUUUGUUUUACCAAGGCAGUUGUUCAGUGCAUACAGUUUUGUAAUUAAGUAAGAAACAUAUAUGAAUAUCUUGGACAGAGAUAAGUAACACAUCAGUACAAGCAGGACUGGCAUUAUUCAAUGCAGUCAUCUUUCUUUUAUAUUGGGUAUUUUACGUUUCACAUUCACAUAGCAACAUUGACUUUUAUUGAUUCAUAUUGUUUUAAAACACACUUGAUCCCUGUGGAAUCAUUACUUCACUAUUUUACAGUCACAGAAUCCACAGCAAUGUUUACACAAGUCUUGUAUGGUGGUUUAUGGUUUUAUAAUGACAAUGACCAAACAUUAAUGUAAUGUUAAGUGCACUUCUGGAUCCACUGACUCAAACAUUAAAGUUCCAGCUGUUGAGAAAUGGAA